AUGACGUCCUCUCACUCCAUUAACCCGCUCACGGUCCUUCCCCCAGAGCUCGUCCUUCGCGUCCUCGAAUACACGCCCAUCUCAGAUCUGGCCUCCCUUCUUGCUACAUCGCGUGCCUGGUACCACUUCAUUGACAACGAGCAUACAGACACCAUCUACUCCUCUCCAUCCAAGACAUCACAGCCACGCCAAAUCUCCCAACUACCUACCAAAGCCCGCGCCAAUGCGUUGUGCGCCCGUGCUGCAAGCUUCUCCAAGCUAUUCGACGGAGUCUCUUCGUGGAAACAACUAUGUGAGCGACAACAGAUGAUCAAGAAAGCGUGGGCGAGGCCCCGGCCGCUUACCCGCCAGUCCGUCCUACAGGUCAAGAACUCUGCUGUAUGGCGGUUCAAAACGGACUUUAAGCGCCGUUUGAUCAUCUCGACUUCACAUGACGGUGGCUUGCAUGUGUCUGAUAUGGAUACGGGUCAUCUUCUCUGGGAACUCCCGUCGUCGCUUCUCACAUCCGAAGACGACAGUGUCGAGCCGCAUGCGCAUCUUGAAUAUGACGAUGGAACAGCUGCGUUCAACAAAGGCGAUGUGAUUGAACUAUGGCGUGCAGAUGUGGGAAACACGGCGAGAGGAGAAUUCCGCCGUGUCACUACUCUCGACCCUGGUUGUCAGAUACGCGGGUUCCAGCUCUCCUACAACACACUUUGUGCCGUCUCAGCAGACGGCUUGGGGUUCGUGUAUGACCUAUCGCAAGCGCCACCAAGUGUCACGCGGCUGGAGAUUGAAAAAGGCGCAAUAGGCCAUCUAGACCAGAACGAAGACAUGGUCGUCUUCUCAAUGGGCUGGCAGGGCUAUCAUGCAUACGACAAGAAGACUGGGGUUUGCUUGGGUAGACUGGAACCCUGGCGUUGUACGGAAAAGUAUCACGCCGUUGAAUCUCCUACGCUUCACGAUACGUUUGGCAGGCUGGAAGUGUUUGCCAUUUAUCAGUGCAUGACACGGCCUCUGUAUCCCCCCAUGGCACCGCGUGAGCAUCGGUUGUCGCCGGUGAGAGUAAACACUGGUCCGGCUUAUGAAACAGACACUUACGAUGACCUCUGGGGUGCCGGCAUGCUGGAUCGCGGCAGUGACAUGUUCGUCGGCUACUCGGGCAGCGGCUGCAUUUUCAUCUGCCAGAACAUUCGCACGGCGCUCGAGAGCGGUGCUGAGAAUCUGGCUAGCCAUGGUCAACUCCUCGAAUCUAAAAGACGCGGUUCCUCUCUCAGUCUGGGAGGCUGGCUGGCGGUCAAGAACCAUCGUGUCAUGUUCGAGGCUGGGGAAACUAUGUUCAUCAUCGCGCUGGACGGGGACAAUCGUGUCAUCGUUACGGAUGGAGAUCAGAGCAAGCCGACUUCGUUUGCGACGCACACUGGGUCUCCGAAAAGGCGAUCGUGA